UCCUGGCCCCACCCCUGAAUUUUAGUGGGUCAGGAAGGAGAAGUGUUAAAAUAAGCAGGGGCGGGGGGAGUUUGGGAAACCCUGUUGUAGAAAAUCACCAGCCAAGUGACUAAGAGUGCCUUUCCAGAGUAAGAGACAACCUAAAAGAAAGGGGAAGGAGAUGGAAGAGAAGGACUCAGAAUGCCCUGGAACUGGCAAAACAUUAAGGAAAGGUCCCCAUCCUCUCCAAGCAGGGAGUGGCGCUAAAUUCUGCGAAAGAGCUGUGCCAGAGAUCUUGGUUCAGGACACUGUGACCGCAGAUGUACGCAGCCGAUGCUUCCGGAAGUUCUGUUAUCAUGAGGCUGAUGGGCCCCGAGAGGUCUGCAGCCGGCUCUAUGGACUUUGUAAGGACUGGCUGGAGCCAGAGAAGCGCACCAAGAAGCAGAUCAUGGACCUGGUGAUCCUGGAGCAGUUCCUGGCCAUCCUGCCCCAGGAAGUGCAGGGCUGGGUGAGAGGAUGCGGGCCAGAGACCAGUUCCCAGGCAGUGGCCCUGGUCGAAGGUUUCCUCCUGAGUCAGGCAGAGGAGAAGAGGCAGGCACAGCAGAUGUGGGGAGGAUCUGUGAAGGUGGAAGAAAAGUUCUCUGAGGCAAAAGGAGCUCCAUCAGAGGAAGGUCAGAGGGCACAGGCCCAGGAGCAUGCCCGAGACACCCUGUCAAUUGGCAGUGAAGAGAUGUUGUCAAGCCAUUUUCUAUGCAGAGAAGUGAAAAUGCCUCCUCGACCUCUUGUCCAGUCUCCAUUUUCCUUUGAGGAGGUGGCCGUGUAUUUCACUGUGGCAGAGUGGGGCCUGCUGGAUCUGGAGCAGAAAGCUCUCUGCAGGGAAGUCAUGCUGGAGAACUAUGGGAGUGUGGCUUUUCUGGAAGCCAUGAAUGCAAGAGACACUAUGGUGGAGACAGACAAAGGCUUUGCAUCUGAAGAGUGGCUACAGAGGUUCUCCGGAAGAUUGGAAGAAACUAUUUCCUUCCCAAAUGAACUGGCAGCAAAAUCCAGGAAUGUAAAAGAUCCUACAUUGGAGACAGACAAAGGGCUUCCAUUUGAAGAAUGGCGGCAGAGUUUCUCCGGAAGACUGGAAGAGACUAUCUCCUUCCCAAAUGCACUAACAGCAACAGCAGAUGUAGAGACAGCUGGGGAAUUCCAGGGGUUCUCUUUGGGAAAAGUCAAGAUUGAAGAUGCCGAAGAAAACGAUGCAGAUGGACCCCAGAGGCAGGAGGAAAGCCACACAGCAGCAGAUGUAGAGGAGACAGCUGGGGAAUUCCAGAAGUUCUCUUUGGAAAUAGUCAAGAUUGAAGAUGCCGAAGAAAACUUUGGAGAUGGAGAUGGACUGCAGAGGCAGGAAGAAAAUCACACAGCAGCAGAUGUAGAGGAGACAGCUGGGGAAUUCCAGGGGUUCUCUUUGGAAAUAGUCAAGAUUGAAGAUGCUGAAGAAAACUUUGGAGAUGGACCCCAGAAGCAGGAGGAAAGCCACACAGCAGGAGAUGAUCAGAGGAAUGAGGAGGAUGAGAAACUGCAUCAUAUAUUGCCAGAUGAAGUCAUGAAUGAAGAUAUGAGAAGAAAUGUCAGGAUUCCUUGCCAAGUGGGGGGUAUCCAAGAAGUAAUUCACAUGUUGGAGGAAACAUACAAGUGCUUCGAGUGUGGAAUGAACUUCCCAGAUCAAACCCAAUAUAAUAUACAUGUUUCAAACCACAAUAUAAUGAGGGCAUGCAAAUGCUUUCAGUGUGGAAUGUACUUCAUAUACGAAUCACAACUCCUUGCGCACCAAAGGAUCCACAUAGCAGAGAAACCUUUUGAAUGUUCAGAAUGCGGGGAGAGAUUCUGUCAUGGUAGCACUCUUCAACAGCAUCAAAUAACCCACACAGGGGAGAAGCCUUUUGAAUGCUCAGAGUGUGGGAAAAGAUUUAACCACAGUGGCGGUCUUCAAAGUCAUUUAAGAACCCACACAGGGGAGAAGCCGUUUGAAUGUACAGUGUGUGGGAAGAGAUUCAACCACAGUGGCAGUCUUCAACAGCAUCAAAGAACCCACACAGGGGAGAAGCCUUUUGAAUGCUCAGUGUGUGGGAAGAGAUUCAGUAUCAGUAGCAGUCUUCAAAGUCAUUUAAGAACUCACACAGGGGAGAAGCCUUUUGAAUGCUUAGAGUGUGCAAAGAGAUUCAGUCACAGUAGCCAUCUUCAGCGUCAUAUAAGAACCCACACAGGGGAGAAGCCUUUUGAAUGCUCUGAGUGUGCGAAGAAAUUUAGUCACAGUAGCCAUCUUCAAAGUCAUCUAAGGACCCACACAGGGGAGAGACCUUUUGAAUGCUCAGACUGUGGGAAGAAAUUCAUUGAAAGUAGCAGUCUUCAAAGACAUCGAAGAACCCACACUGGGGAGAAGCCUUUUGAGUGCUCAAAGUGUGGGAAGAGAUACAGUGAAAGUAACAGUCUUCAGAAUCAUCUACGAACCCACACAGGGGAGAAGCCUUUUGAAUGCUCAGACUGUGGGAAGAGAUUCAACCUCAGUGGCAGUCUUCAAAAGCAUCAAAGAACCCAUACAGGUGAGAAGCCUUUUGAAUGUACAGAGUGUGGGAAGAGAUUCAGUGACAGUAGCACUCUUCAAAGACAUCGAAGAACCCACACAGGGGAAAAGCCUUUUGAAUGCUCAGAGUGUGGGAAAAGAUUCAGCCGCAGUUGCUAUCUUCAACAUCAUCAAAGAACACACACAGAGCAGAAGCCUUUUGAAUGCUCAGGUAUGCAAAGCAGCUGGUUCGAAGCAACUAUGGACUCUGUAGGAAUAUGAUGUACUGUCCUGAGAGCACACAUUCAUGAUGAAGCCUCUGGGAAAUGGCUUGGUAUUGCUAGGUAUCCCUCACAGCAACAUUGCGUGUGGGGACAUCAGAGUUUUUUGGCUUCGAACUUCCACACAACAUAUGGAAAAGAAUGGAUGUUCCAUGAAAUAUAUUAAGCUGGUGUGUGGAUUCUGACCUCCUUAUUGACUUUACACAGGGGUUUUUUUUGUAGCAGGAACUCCUUUGCAGAUUAGGCCACACACCCUGAGAUACCCAAUCCUUCAAGAGCUUACAGGGCUGUUCUUCCAGGGCCUACUGUAAGCUCCAGGAGGAUUGGCUACAUCAGGGGUGUGGGGCCUAAUAUGCAAAGGAGUUCUUGCUACAAAAAAAGCCUUGACUACAUGUUUUUUUCGAGUCUGCAUUGUUUUUGCAUACAGUGAAUAUUCUGUAGAGUCUGAAUUGUAACCCAUUAUGCAUACUUGAUUGUCUUUAUACAAAAUUUUCAUUCACUGUG